GUAGACUCGGCUCCAACAUGUGCGACGAGGUGGUUUUCAUACCGAGGAACCAGGAAAUUUCUCCGGAGGGCGUCAGGAAGAACUAUGACGACUGGGCUACGUCAUAUGAUCAGGUGUAUGCCGAGUUGGACUACAAAGCCCCUCAGUUUUGUGCUGAGACGUUGACCGAGACUUUUGCAGCGGCGGAUCGGAGCCAGAUUCGGAUCCUAGAUGUGGCAGCUGGGACGGGACUGGUCGGAGAGGAGCUUCAUAAGAUGGGAUUCACCAACAUGGACGCUGUCGACUGCAGCCAGAAAAUGUUGGACGAAGCGAAAGUAAAGAACAUCUACGGACGACUGAUCUGUGACUUUGUCGGUCCAGAACAACUGGACAUGGAAAAGGAUACGUAUGACGCCAUCGUGUGCUGCGGCGGAUUCGCUACCGGGCUUCUGAAUGAAGACUGCUUCCCGGAGCUCAUCCGUGUCGUCAAGCCAGGAGGAAUAAUCUGCAUCACCAUGCGUGAAUUAUUCCUCCACACACUGGAGGCGUACAAGGACAAGUUGGAGCCCGCCAUGGCCCGGCUGGAGCAGGAGGGACUCUGGGAACGACUGUCACGUGACGUCAUCCCGGACUUCUACCCAAACAAGAGUGGAGUUCGCUUCGUCUUUCGUGUCCUGUGA